GGUUCAUGCCGAAAAUUUUUAUAACAACGUUGACAACUAUCUAUCAUGAGCCAUCAUUUGGUACAGCUAUUAAAUUAAAACCAACAUCAGCGAUAAUCAUCAUUGGCUAUGUGACAAAUAAAUGUAAAAGUUUUUGGAUAAAUUUGGGAUGCGAGUCAACUGGAAAUAUUGCAUUUUAUUUAAAUCCUCGACUUGAUCGUGGAUAUGUUGUUAGAAAUUCAUUCAUCAAGGGACGUUGGGGUCGUGAAGAAAAUUGUUCAUCAACUCAAUUUAAUUUUCAACGGCAAACAUACUUUCAUAUUAUAAUUUUUUGUGGCCCCAAAGAAUUUCAAAUUUCAAUUGAUGGAGAACAUUUUUGUUCAUUUAAUUAUCGUAUACCCCUGGAAUUAAUAACACAUUUUGAUUUUGAUGGUGAUAUUGAAGAUGUUCGUUCACGAGUUACAGAACUUUGUAUAUAUCCAGAUCCAAAAAUCAUCAAACAUUAUAGAAAUAUUCAAUUGACCGAUGAAAAACCACUUUUAGAUGAUUUAAAUGUUCCAGCUAAUAUUAAAAUAUGUCCAAAUUUUAUACCAGGUGCAACUAUAUUUAUCAAAGGCAGAUUAAAACUUUUACCUAAUUUGUUUUCUGUUAAUCUACAACAAAGCCAACUCAUCUAUCCACCUCCAGAUAUAGCGUUGCAUUUUAAUCCAAGAUUUUGUUAUGAAAAUCGUCCACCAUGUGUUGUUAUCAAUACGUUUAUCGAUGGAUCUUGGGGUCAUGAAGAAAGAAAUGUUAAUAAAUUACCCUGGUGUCCUGGACGUGAUUUUUUACUAACAUUUCGAUGUGAAGAUGAUGGAUUUUUGAUAUGGCUGGAUGACAAGUUGAUAAGUGAAUUUCAACACAGAAUGGAUCCAUCAAUUAUUGAUACACUUCACAUAACUGGUGAUUAUAUUAUUCACCAAAUUUCCAUGGCUUUCUAUGACUAGAAAAUUCAACAAUUAUCCAAAAAAAAAUCAUCAAAAAAUCAAGACAAAAAAAUUUAAGAAACGAAAAAAAAAUGUUUUAAAUUAGGGUAACUAUAUGAGUCUCUUCUUGGGUGGAUUUGCUUCCUUCAAGUCAAGUUUAAUCAAGUUCUGAAUCUCCGAUAACUUGGAGUAAUUUUUUUUUAAUGUAUAUUUUUUUUCUUCCGAUAUUCGAGAAGAGACUCAUAAAGAUACUCCAAAUUUUUAACUAAGAAAAAACGAAAAAAAAAAAAAAAAACCAAGAACUAUAUUAUUUUUUAUUAGAAACAAGAAUUUCCAAGUUUUUUUUUUUUUUUUUGUUUGUUUUUUUUUUCUAUCUGUAUCAAGAUUUAAUUUCAAGUGUUCAUAUAAUUUUUUUUUUUUUCUUUUUCGAUAAUAAAAUAUUUUUUAACAAACUUUUUUGUUUGUGUUAAUUUUUUUUUGUUCUAUUUUUGUUUCUCGCUUAUUUUUUUAGACGAAAUUUACAACCAGAACUUGUACCAAUAUGUCGUAAUCAACUGAUCUUUCAUGACCAACUGAUUGUAAUAUUUAUUUAUCAAUUUAUCUAAUUUUUUUUCAUGACGCUAGCGUCUAAAUAAGCAUGUUGAAAUUAAAAGUACAGGGAACAUGGGGGUCUUCUUGGGCCCGGCCCUUAACUCC